UUUUUCCCUGCCACCUUCCGCCUCCAACUUGCGCCCUCCUCCUCUCACUAUAUUUCCUCCCUCUCCUUCCUUUUUUCUGCGUCUAUUUUUUUCUCUCCCUCCUCCUCCUCCUUUCGGUGGCCUCCUUCGCUCUUUGCUCGCCACUCUCGCUCUCGUUCCCUCCGCCGCCCCCAAAACCCUAGCUUUUAUCUCGGUCGGGAUCUCGGAUUGCGGGAGUUCUUGAACUCGUUGCGCGUCGAGGCCCGCUGAUUUGAGAGAGUUGUCGUCAAUCUGAAUUUACGAGGUGCUUCAGGUGGCCGCUAAUCUUAUCGUGAUCCAAAAGGGGAAGUAUAAAUCUCCCGCCCGUGGCUCUGCAUCCUUUUCAGCACAGACUUUCCCUCAGCAAAAGAUCAUCCUGAGAUCUGGGCACACCUUGUUUGAUGUUGGUCCUAGAAUUAUGAGGGGCACAUAGUGUAGCGCAAAGCGUAAAGGACUGGCACUGGUAACCAUGGUGGUGCCUUACUAGUAUGAUAUGGUACAGAUCAUGGACUUAUGGAAUGCCUGCUGGUGCCAGCAUAACAUAACUGAGAUGUCAUACCAUGUAUCUCUGCUGGAGUUUAUUGUGGGCAUCAUGCUUUUCUUGGGAGAAAAUACAAUGAAGAACGAAUCAAGUGACGCUCCAAGCGUCCCUGUUCGAAAGAUGAAAUUUGUGCCAAAAAUACCACCUCGCAAGCCUUCAAAUCCUGCCGUGGUCAAAAUGGAACCACCUGAGACCAAGGAUGAAUUUAUUGAUAAGAAGCUUUUGGCGAAGCUUAACCGUGCAAAGGCUAAUGAUACUUUUGGGAGGAAAAUGCCUAAGAACGAGAGGAAUGGUGCUUCAUCAAAAAUCGCAUUUGGAAGUGGAGGUUCCUCACUAGCAAGGUCAUUUCCCAGAGGUCCUUUUUCUGCAAACCAAUAUCAAGAUGGUUUUGAAGCAUCAGCCCCGAAGAUAGAAAAAGAAUAUGCUGAACCUUGGGACUACAGUCACUCGUAUUAUCCCGUUGCUCUUCCUCUCAGGAGGCCCUACUCAGGAAACUCAGAAAUUCUUGAUGAGGAGGAAUUUGGAGAGGCUUCUGCAAGCUCAAGUCUAGAUGAAGCUCAGAUCAAUCCAGCUGAGGAGCUUAGACUGCUGAAAAAGAGUGAAGAACCACAUAUGCUAUUUUUGCAAAUGCCUUCAACUCUUCCAAUGAUGAAGCAGCCUACUGCAGAAGCAGGCACCAAAGAUAAUAUUCAUAAAAUUGAUCGUGCAUUGAAGGGAUGCAAAUUAGAAGAUCUUCCAGGAGGCUAUAUCGGAAAACUAAUGGUGUACAAGAGUGGAAAAAUUAAGAUGAAGAUAGGAGAUGCACUGUUUGAUGUUUCUCCUGGCGUGAAAUGUGUAUUUGCCCAAGAUGCUGCAGUGAUUAAUACUAAAGAGAAACACUGCUGCAUCCUAGGGGAGAUUAACCAGCGUGCUGUGGUAACCCCAGAUGUGGAUGCUCUGUUAGACCAGAUAGAUGAUGUUGGCUCAUCAUAGAGGAUGCAGCAUUGUUAUAAUGAAGGAUGAUUAAAUCUGAAAGGAUAUUUCUCUGCAAAUUCGAGGAUACGUGAAUAUGGAAGAAAACAACUCGAUGAUAAGAUGUUAUAUAUACUGCAUUGGCAUCAAAGAAUCAAUGAGAAUUAGAUGUAAUCUGUGUUGCUAUAUUUCAUGAAUUGCACCUCCAAGUGGACUGAUAUUGCUAAGACAUGUCACUUGAAUCUUGACUAAUUUUAGGAGAAAAUUAAAGAAAACACCAAAGGACAGAGCAUAACAAACGUCACAAAA